AGAAACCAACGGAGCUCCUUGGAGGGCUUGGAUGCUCCAGGCCACCAUUCCCAUGUCCCACCGCACCCCCUGAGCAUGAAGGAGGAGAACCCAUACCCGGGGUCCCCCGAGGGCAGCGCGGACGAGGACGAGGGCGAGCGGGCGCCCAGGAAAUGCCCCCGCAAGCGUGGGCCGGGGGGCGAGGAGCCGCAGGGCAAGCGGGGCAAGCGCAGCCCCGCGCCGCAGCCGCCGGAGGAUGCCCAUGCCCAGCGUGUCAUUGCCAACGUGCGCGAGCGCCAGCGAACCCAGUCCCUCAAUGAUGCCUUCGCUGAGCUGCGUAAGAUCAUCCCCACUCUGCCCUCGGAUAAGCUGAGCAAGAUCCAGACCCUCAAGUUGGCCGCGCGUUACAUUGACUUCCUGUGCCAGGUGCUGCAGAGCGAUGAGCUGGACCACAAGGUCGCCAGCUGCAACUUCCUGGCCCACGAGAGGCUCAGCUAUGCCUUCUCCGUCUGGAGGAUGGAAGGGGCUUGGUCCAUGUCCGCGUCCCACUGAGCCGGGGUCUCACACCUCAAUGGAAACAGCAGCCCCAGGCACCCAGCACCCCACCAGUGACCACAGCAUCCUGCAGAGAGCAGAAUGGGAACCUCUUCCCAUCCCACCAACCCCUUCCAAACCUCAGGGCUGGGAAAGAGGGACCCGAUCCCAGAGCCAGGCUCUGGAAUGAGCUGUUUGGAUGCUGAGUAUGGAACUCUUCAUGGUGCCAUUUACUCCUGGCUCACAGGGAAGAACUGAGUUAUCUCCUCCUGCUUCCCAAGAAGCUGAUGCUCCCGGAUCAACAGGCUCCAUCCUCCCCAUAUCCCCCUGCAGCUGCCUCCUGCCAGCACCAGGCAGGACAACUCCUCUCAGGAUGAUGAUGAUGAUGAUGAUGGUGAUGGGAAGGGCUUGAACCCUCCCUCACUGGCCUGGUCCUCACUGCUCCAUAGAGCCCCUCACAUGGAUGUGAGAUGCCACAUCCCAAGGCUGGAGCAUGGCUCCAUGGGUGAUGUCCACGUUGCUCCUGCUCCGAAGCUCUCCACCAUAAGGACACUGUGGUUUGUGGGGCUGCCUGGCAUGGAGUGGAUUUGGGGUCUGCUGACCCCUGCUAUGAACCCCAGGGCUCCCGAUGCCCCAUGGAUGGGGCUCAGCAUCAUCAUGGAGGGUGAUGGAGGGGCUUUGGGGCUUCCCAACAAGGAGCCCCUCUUCCCAAGGAGCUGAAUGUGCUCAGGGAAGGGACCUUUAGACAUGGACAUUUGCUUCCUCCCCCCCACCCCUGCCAUCAAAUGGGCUUUAAAAGCCAAGGGGAAACACGUGUGGAAGUGGAGGCUCCAGCUUCCAACAUGACUUUGUAA